CGUGAAAACUGAAAAUGGAGUCAAAAGUAAGAGUAUAUGUUCGGCAGUAGCCACCAAUCAACAGUUGAGUGGACAGUCCUAAAUCCGUCUGUCAGCGAGAUAUAUGAGACAAAGAAUCAGCAGUGAGAAGGGCUGUUCAGAUGCUCAGUGAAUGGGGAAAUCCGGCGAUCGGCAUCUGCCACUGCACCACCGCCAGCUCCCAAACGGGUCUGGCCCAGACGGUGGUUCGUCGUACCUCUCUAGAUUUUUCCCGGUGUUCAAUUUCAAGUGCAUCUUUGUCGUGUUACUAGCCGUCGUUGUCUUUCUGUCGGCCGUGUUCUGGGUCCUACCUCAUCACUCCAACCACCGAUCUGGGUUUGAUGCAAAAGACUCGACCAUACUCAGCUCAUCUGUUCAAGCAUCCUUCCAGCUGGAUAAAGCAGUUUCAGAUAUAACCCCGUACAUCGAUAGACUAGAGUACAAUAUAUUUGGUGAGAUAGGUGUCCCUUUUACAAAGGUUGCAGUUCUACAUGUUCACUCGGCUGGCGUAUCAUCUAACCAUACCAAUGUGACAUUCGGUGUCCUUUCUGAUCCAGUGGACAUACCAAUAAAUUCAGUGUCUCUGAAUUUGCUGAGAUCUUCUCUUCUGGAUGUAUUUCUGCAACAAGCUAAUCUGACCUUGACCACCUCGGUUUUUGGACAGUCAUCUUCUUUCCAGAUUUUGAAGUUUCCAGGGGGGAUGACUUUAAAUCCUGAUUAUAAUUCUCCGUUUUGGCAAGAACAGAUUCUUUUCAGUUUUAAGCUCAACAAUUCAAUUGGUGAAAUAAAAGAGUAUUUUGUUGAGUUCAAAGAGGAGCUGAGAUCAGGGUUACGUCUCCGACAAUGUGAGAAUGUUUUUGUGCAAGUGAAUAACAAAAAGGGCUCCACAGUGGACCCUCCAGUUACAAUUGAAGCUUCAAUUGUUUCAGACAGAGGACACCUUACAUGGGAUCGAUUAAGAGAAUUGGCUAAUAUCAUUACCGGAUCCUCGCAUGCAAGGAAUCUUGGUCUUGAUAACUCUGUUUUUGGCAAAGUUAAGGAAAUAAGUCUUUCUUCCCUUCUGAAUCAUUCACUACAGGCUUUGCCGCCAGCUCCUUCUCCGUCCCCACUGCAAAAUCAUCCCAAGGGACCAUCUUCACCGUCCUAUGCCCACACUCCUUUGCCCAGUCAGCACUGGCAUAGAAGUCGCAGUCCAGAGAUAUCCCCAGCCCACUCCCCCGUAUCUCAUGGCUUCUCCAAUAGAGGACACCAUCAGGACAAAGGAAACCCAAAAAGUAUCGCACCUGCGCCUGCGCCUGCGCCCUCAAUAUCAUCCUCUGAUCCUUCUUGCGAAAGGGGAUGUGUUCACACGGGGAUGUAUUUUACCAACGUGCUAGGAUCUCUCGUACUCUUUGCUUAUUGGAUUUGACAACAGUGGCGCCAGCGGGUUAGUAGAUAGCAUGCUUGCCAUUUGAACCAUGAGAACGUGAAAGUCAAUUUGUAACUGCCAGCAGGUUACAAAAAGGAUAUGAUCUCACCACUACAGAAGACGUACAGGACACUUUUUCCCAAAGGGAAUGCUAACUUAUACAGUAUUGUUUUCAAAUUUGAUGCAGGUUUUUCAUUGAGAUACCAAUUGUAAAAUGUUAUGGGUUCUCUUUGGAUGGCCUGUAAUCUGAGUCGAUGAAAGUGUGUAUAAGAACAAGACACUUCAGUAUACUUUAGUAACAUACUCAAAAAGCAAAAAAAAAAUGUCAACACUUUAAUAUGAUCUUUUUGAAAUGUUUAUACUUCAAGGCUUCAAGCAUUUAAGGCUUGAAUUUUUUUUUCAAGCCUUCAACUUACAGAAUACUGUCAUUGUCUUGCCGUUUGAUGCUUUCUACUUUCUAGUAACAUACUAACGUGGGUUCAGUGGGUUGAAAUGUUGAAUACAUCAUUU